GAUUGUAUUCAGCGAUGCCACGUGAUCUUCUGCUUGUGGUUGGUGAGGAAAUCAUUGAAAGUCCAAUGGCAUGGAGAUGUCUUUUCUUUGAGUAUCGUGCAUACCGCCGUUUGAUGAAAGAAUAUUUCAGAGAGGGCGUCAAGUGGACAACAGCACCUAAACCACAAAUGAGCGAUGAGCUUUAUGACAUGGGUUAUAUUGAAUCCCAUGAGAGACUAGAAUUGCCAGCUAGAGGUCAAUUUGUGACGACAGAAUUUGAACCUUGCUUCGACGCUACUGAUUUUCAACGUGCUGGAAAGGACAUUUUUUGCCAGUUAAGUCACACGACAAACCGAAUGGGUGUUGAGUGGCUUCGACGUCAAAUUGGUGAUGACUAUACAAUCCACAUUGUACAAUGUGUGGAUGAUGCUCCGAUGCAUAUAGAUGCGUCCCUGUGCUUAUUGAGACCUGGUCUGGUUUUAGUCAACCCAGAAAGACCUUGCUAUCAGAUAGAGCUGUUCUCAAAAGCUGGGUGGGAUGUCGUUGAGGCACCUCGUCCAAUAACACCAAGCGAUCACCCGAUGUGGUUUUCUUCAACAUGGCUGUCAAUGAAUGUUCCGAUGUUGGACCAUAACCGGGUGGUUGUAGAUGCAAACAAGAUUCCUACUCAAAGACUUUUCGAGAAACUUGGUAUGGAAUGCAUCAAGGUUGAUUUGCGUUUCGCUGGUUCUCUAGGAGGUGGCAGUCAUUGCUGGACUUGUGACGUCAGACGAAACGGUUCUUUAGAAUCAUAUUUCUAAAAUCUUCACUAUAUUUAUU